AAGGCCAGUAUCUUAUCUCUCAAGUUCAAGUUCCGAGGACUUGCCCUAAGUCAUUUUUACCAUCCUUAGCAGCCGCGGGAAGCUGGGAUCCUGGGGCUGCUGGUCCCAGAGCCAGCGCUGCCAGUCCCACUCUGUCUGUCCGUCCGUCCGGCGCGCAGUAUCCUGGCGCAGUCACCUCUCUCCCUUCCUCUGCCUCCCUCCCUUCCUCUCUUUCCUGCUCUACUUCCCCCUUCCCCUCUUGCCUCUUAAGUUUCCUGCACCGUGAAUCCAACUGUGCCAAGCCUAGGCUCCCGCGGAACCAGUCCUGAGCCUGGCCGGGACCCUGGGACGCCAUCUCCGCGGAGGCUGGACGCGGCAGCGGACCGGUCCGCGCCCGGGCAUGGAGACCAAGCGCCAGGGAGGGCAUGUCCGGGGCGCCGGAGACGCCAGGCCCGAGUAGCUCCUCCAUGGAGUCUGCCCAGAGCGGCCCCUGCUCACCGGAUUCGCCCCCAGUCCUGUGCGGCUGCUGAGAGCGCUCCUUGCUCUGUGAAGUGGAUGUCAGGUGGAUCUAUGUUUUUGAAGGAACAAAGACUCAGCGAAGGCAACGUGGAGGAAGUUUGAGACGCGGGAGGAUGCAGGCUGCGUGCUGGUACGUGCUUCUCCUCCUGCAGCCCACCAUCUACUUGGUCACGUGUGCCAAUUUAACAAAUGGUGGAAAGUCAGAACUUCUAAAAUCGGGAAGCAGCAAAUCCACACUAAAGCACAUAUGGACAGAAAGCAGCAAAGACUUGUCUAUCAGCCGCCUCCUGUCACAGACUUUUCGUGGCAAAGAAAACGACACAGAUUUAGACCUGCGAUAUGACACCCCAGAACCUUAUUCUGAGCAAGACCUCUGGGACUGGCUGAGGAACUCCACGGACCUUCAAGAGCCUCGGCCCAGGGCCAAGCGAAGGCCCAUUGUUAAGACGGGCAAGUUUAAGAAAAUGUUUGGAUGGGGUGACUUUCAUUCCAACAUCAAAACAGUGAAGCUAAACCUGUUGAUAACUGGAAAAAUUGUAGAUCAUGGCAAUGGGACAUUUAGUGUUUACUUCAGGCAUAAUUCCACGGGUCAAGGGAAUGUAUCUGUCAGCUUGGUGCCCCCGACAAAAAUAGUGGAAUUCGACUUGGCACAACAAACCGUGAUUGAUGCCAAAGAUUCCAAGUCCUUUAACUGUCGCAUCGAAUAUGAAAAGGUUGACAAGGCCACCAAGAACACACUCUGCAACUAUGACCCUUCAAAAACCUGUUACCAGGAGCAGACCCAAAGUCAUGUAUCCUGGCUCUGCUCCAAGCCCUUCAAGGUGAUCUGUAUUUACAUUUCCUUUUAUAGUACAGAUUAUAAACUGGUACAGAAAGUGUGCCCCGACUACAACUAUCACAGCGACACACCUUACUUCCCCUCGGGAUGAGGGUGAUCGUGAGGUGGAUUGAGACUGAAGCCUGAGGAGUUAAAGGUCAUAUGACAGGGCUGUCGCCUCAGAGAAGAAGGUCACAUCUGUUGCCUGGAAUAUGUCUACACUGCUGCUCUUGUCAACUGGCUGCAAAACUGCUAGUGGAAAACAAUCUGAUGUAAUUUCUGCCCAGUCAGCUUCAUCUCUCAGUAUAGUUGUAAAUCACCAUAGGUUUUCAAGCCACACUUGAAGACACGCUCUCACACAUAGAUGUACACAAACACACACACUGAACACAUUUCAGCUGGCAUCUGUCACGACUCCUGUUCAGAGGGCUUGCAUUGUCUGACUCAUAAUGGUUCAGGAUCAAACAUCAUCAGGCAAAAGGAUUAACUUGACAGUGGAUGGUUUCUAACACUUGCUGUUGUGGAAAUCCCUUUUAAAGUCUUGAGCACAUGCUAAUCAAUAGUCCCCAUUCAUGCAUACCUAUUGCUUGGAGUAGCUGUACUGGUAAAUACUACUGUAGGAGUAUAUGCUUGUUAAAAUGGAAAAAAUAUGUCUUUAGAGCUCAGUAUUCUUUAUUUUAUGAACAACAACAAAGUGUAGUAACUUUUUUUCCAGCAUACUGUAGGCACAUUCAAGGUGAUACAAGAUGGCUCUUUUUUCUAUGGAGGGAGCCUGUUCUCAGUAAAGAUGAGCCAACAUUUGGAAUUUACAUGUGGGCAGAUACUGGAGUACAGCUUCCAUCACCAACCAUUGGACUUUUUGCAAAGUUGAGACCAGCUAAAGCUGCUUAAAACAAGUUCUGAUCAUUCUAUAAGAAAGGAAAUGCCUGACAGACACCAUGUAAGUUAUAAGUGUCUGUCUUAUCUUUACUACACACAAAUAUUGUAAUAAAUUCAAUAUCCUAGUCUUCAUUUGUAUGAAUGGUUUGUAUUGUACAUAGUUUAACCAAGUGUUAUUUGAGCUGCUUAUUAAUAUUAACUUGUACUUGUCUCUCUGCUUGUUAUUGGUUAAAAAAGAAAAAAAAAGGAUAUGAGGAAUCCAUUUUAUCAAUGUAGCUGUGAAUUCCAUUAAAAAAGGAAAGUUAAUGUACAAAGCAUUUAUUCAGCUCAAGUAUUGUUGACAGCUAUACACAUAUACCAUUACAGUCUGUCUGUAUUUAGAUAUUUUAUUUCUGGACAAAAUGAAAUGUACAUAAAAAUAAAAUGCUUAAAGUUGAGUUUCAAUA